AUGCAUGUAGGGUAUUUGUCAUACGCUGUGGAUUGGUGUACACUGACAAAGCAGUAUUAUUCAGAUUCUGUAUAUUCUGAUAUAAUUCGACCAAAACUUCAACCUCCUUUUCCUUCCUCCUAUCAAACGGAUGAUGCUUCUGAAGAUCCUUUGGAUGAAAUUGUACGAAGCUCACUCAAAGCGCGAACUGUUCCCGACUCUCUGAAUGCUAAAGAGUCUAGUCCCAUGGCAGUUAACCAUUUACUUACUGUAUCAGAACAAUCAGAUAUGCAUAUAGGUGUUAUUAAUCAGCUCAAUGUAGAUUCUUCCAGCUCAUUGGAUGCUAAUGUACCGGCUAAUGAAGAGGUAUCACCCCAAUCUAUUAAUGUGUCCCUUUCCACUUCUGAGUCAUCACCUACUAGAAACACACAACAGUCCAGUGCUUCACGAUAUACUUCUUUAUUAUCUGCUCGAAAAUUCCUUCCCAAUAAUCUGUCUAUUGGUCUGCCAAGCUCACUAUCCUCCAUUAACCUGAACACCGUUUUUCGAUAUCCAUUAGGUACAUCCAUUUGGUACAAUGGUGAAUCUUUAUUUCGUUCAUUACCAGAUAUUAGUCGUAUGAUGAAUAGUAAUUCAUCACCGGAUCCUGAAGUCAGACAGUUUCUGCGUGAUCUUUUAGAUUACUUCACUCAUCUUGGAAAUUUUUCACCAGUACUAGAUUCUCGACUUGUUUUGUCUGUUGCUGCUGAAUACGAUGCAUAUGUACCGAGAUAUGGUGUAUGCUCACUAACAAAAAUAUAUCCUGAUGCUGAAAUUCGUGUACUACCUCAGUCAGGUCAUGUUGGCGCCUAUGUACGGAAUGCUAUUUGGACUAAUGAUUUUAGACAAGCAAUAACUGACUGCCUAAAUCGACAAGUGUAUUUGUACCACGAUGAGCCAGGACCAUUUGGUCGAACUAAAAUUUCUCAAAUUUGCUUACGGAAGUCUCAUCUGACCAAACGGGGAUUAACUUUGUCUUUAGAAACUUUUUGUUGA